AUGCGCAGCUUCUCGGUGCCGUGCACGAGAGUCGGAGAUUCAGCCCUGCACGGAACUAUCUUGGUCGGACCCUCGCUGUUCUCAGCCACGGCCCUGUCCUCCCGAGGCUCAUCGGAUCUCGGUUUGGAUGCCAGCACGGACCCGGUGAUUCACACGUCACCACCGGAGCACGAGUCUUUGGUUUUGCGCAGGCCUCCCGAUACUUUGGAGGAAGGGGAGAUGACGGAGGACGAGCCGAAAGUUUAUUUGGAAGCCAGCGACCUUUGGACACAGUUCCACAAAUGCGGCACUGAAAUGGUCAUUACGAAAUCCGGGAGACGCAUGUUCCCGCCGCUCAGGACCAGGUGCGCCGGCAUGGACAGAAAAGCCAAGUAUGUCUUUCUGAUGGACAUUGUGGCGGCCGACGACUGCAGAUAUAAGUUCCACAACUCCCGCUGGAUGGUGGCCGGGAAGGCGGACCCGGAGAUGCCCAAACGCAUGUACAUCCACCCGGACAGCCCGGCCACGGGCGAGCAGUGGAUGUCCAAAGUGGUCAACUUCCACAAGCUGAAACUGACCAACAACAUGUCCGAUAAGCACGGAUUCACAAUUCUCAACUCGAUGCACAAGUAUCAGCCACGAUUCCACAUCGUGAAGACAAACGACAUCCUGAAACUGCCUUACAGCACCUUCAGGACUUACGUCUUCUGCGAGACCGAGUUCAUCGCAGUGACGGCUUACCAAAACGACAAGAUAACGCAGCUGAAAAUAGACAACAAUCCUUUCGCGAAGGGAUUCCGAGACACGGGAAACGGGAGGAGAGAGAAGAGGAAACUACAACAUCCAUCACAAAAAUCUAAAGAGAUGCGGACGACUGAUGUGAAAUAUGAACCUGUGAAGGAAUCAUCUCCACGGCAUUCAGACGAUUCUAAAUCUCCAGAUGCUCAUGAAAGUGACAGUGACAGAGCUGACGAUGUUGAGGACGGUCCUGGACAAGCGGUGAUCGGGACGCAGACUAAGCCUAAGGUCUCCACAGCGGAGACUCCGGUCGAGGGGCAGAAAGAAACGGACCCCAGUCGAAGCCACGUCAUCAGCAUAUUAACUGGCGGAGGCGGUUGCUACGGGCGACGAGACUCGGAGAGGGAACAAGUGGGCAAACUACGCUGCGGUGUCGCACACAGCCUCGUUUAUCCACCGGAAGUGAACCGACAUCUGCAGGAUCCGAGUGUCCCCGACGGUCUUCUCGGCUCAACCCAGGUGAACGGCUGGAACGGCGGCGCCGCCGUGGACGGAGCAGCGCCGUGCGGACUGAGACUGGCAGCACCCGCCAGGACUCCGGGAGCUCCAGGGUUCCCCAUCGGCAUCCGACAGCACGCGCCGCUACAGGACCUGGUGAGCCUCUCCCACUUUGGAGGCUUUCUGUUUUAUCCCUACUCCAGCUUCUCCGCAGCAUCAGCCCAGUAUUUUAUCCCACCAGCGCCGUCCAGAGUGGAUUUCAGAGCAUAUCCAGGCGUCCACAGCCGGGACUACUUCCCCUCUCCCAUGAUGUUGUCCUCUGUUCCUGUUGUGGGCGUUGGGAGAUCGAAAUAUUUCGGCCCCGAGUUGCUACAGAAAACAGACCAGAAGGACUCAGUGGACGAAGCUGAACUUGAUUGA